AUGGCCCGUUCGUUUCUGCAAGCUGAUGAUGCCACCGUCUACUUGGACGAUAUCUUCCCCCCAUGGAAAAACGUUUCAGAAAGUUUACAAAAGCUGAAAACUAUAUUGCAACGACUGCGCAGAAAAGGCUUAACGCUGAAUUUAAAAAAGUGGUCGUUUUUGGUUAUGUCGUUUGAAGAUUUGGGUUCUGAAAUCCUGAAAACUGAAAAGCGAAAAACUAAGGCUGUUAGUGAAUUUGCAACUGCAACGAACUCGAAACAAGUACGACAGUUUUUUGAAAGCACUGAGAAGGAUCACCCAUGGCUGUGGGACAAUGCGAUCAAAGAAUCCUUCACAUCAUUGAAACGAGUGCUGACAGAGCGCCCUGUGCUAAAUUUGUACGAGCCUGCGUGUCCAACGGAACUGCAUAUUAACGCGGCAGCAAUUGAAGAAUAUCUUGACACGGCCUCCAAAAUGGACGUUUGUAUAGAAUCACUGUGCGCAAUUCAGUGCGUAGUUCCCAGAGGAGUACGGUAG